CCUCAAAGGCCGCCUUCAUCCAUCUUUCCCAGCAACCUCCGCGCCAGCGCCGGCCGCUGAUUGGCUGCAGUAAGAGCAGGCAGCCUGCCGGCAGCGGUUACCCGGGGUUUCCGGUACUAGGCCAGAGCGGGGAACGCCGUCCGACGUCGGCGGUGAGGAGCAGCGCCCCGACAGCCUGCCAGGGCCCGCCAGGGCCCCCUGACUGGCCAGAAACCGAGUACCAUUGACUCCCUCCGGCGAAGUCCGACCAGGUUGUUUGUUGGCAGAAGCUUUGUGCGCCUGGUGUUGGAAUUCCUGGUCCAGGCUGCGAAGAAUUUGGAAGUCUGGAAAAUAGCAAGUGUGUGUGUUUCUAAAGGUCUGCCUCUAACCUAGCAUUACAAAUCACAAUGAAGAACCAAGACAAAAAGAAUGGGGCUGCCAAACAGUCCAACCCAAAAAGCAGCCCCGGGCAGCCGGAAACAGGACCAGAGGGACCCCAGGGGCGGCCCAGCCAGUCGGCACCUGCGACAGAAGCUGAAGGUUCCACCAGCCAGGCGCCUGGGAAGACGGAGGGGGCUCAAGCCAAAGCAGUUCAGUCUGGGGCCCUCCGUGAUGUCUCAGAGGAGUUGAGCCGCCAGUUGGAGGAUAUCCUGAGUACAUACUGUGUUGACAACAAUCAGGGGGGCCCAGGGGAGGAUGGAGCACAGAGUGAGCCAGCUGAACCUGAAGAUGCAGAGAAGUCCCGGACAUAUGCAGCAAGGAAUGGGGAGCCUGAGCCAGGAACCCCUGUAGUCAAUGGCGAGAAGGAAACCUCCAAGGGAGAGCCAUGCACAGAAGAAAUCCGUGCAAAUGAUGAGGUUGGAGACCGGGACCACCGAAGGCCACAGGAGAAGAAGAAAGCCAAGGGUCUGGGGAAGGAGAUCACGUUGCUGAUGCAGACACUGAACACACUAAGCACCCCAGAGGAGAAGCUGGCAGCUCUGUGCAAGAAGUAUGCUGAACUGCUGGAAGAACAUCGGAAUUCACAGAAGCAGAUGAAACUCCUGCAGAAGAAACAGAGCCAACUGGUACAAGAGAAGGACCACCUGCGCGGGGAGCAUAGCAAGGCUGUCCUGGCCCGCAGCAAGCUUGAGAGUCUGUGCCGUGAGCUGCAAAGGCACAAUCGCUCCCUCAAGGAAGAAGGUGUGCAGCGUGCCCGAGAGGAAGAGGAGAAGCGCAAGGAGGUGACCUCACAUUUCCAAGUGACACUGAAUGACAUUCAGCUGCAGAUGGAACAGCAUAACGAGCGUAACUCCAAACUGCGCCAGGAGAAUAUGGAGUUGGCUGAGAGGCUUAAGAAACUAAUUGAGCAGUAUGAACUUCGAGAGGAGCAUAUUGACAAAGUCUUCAAACACAAGGACCUGCAGCAGCAGCUGGUGGAUGCCAAGCUCCAGCAGGCUCAGGAGAUGCUGAAGGAGGCAGAGGAGCGGCACCAGCGGGAGAAGGAUUUUCUCCUGAAAGAGGCAGUGGAAUCCCAGAGGAUGUGUGAGCUGAUGAAGCAGCAGGAGACCCACCUGAAACAGCAGCUUGCCCUGUACACAGAGAAGUUUGAGGAGUUCCAGAACACUCUUUCCAAAAGCAGUGAGGUAUUCACCACAUUCAAACAGGAAAUGGAAAAGAUGACUAAGAAGAUCAAGAAGCUGGAGAAAGAAACUACCAUGUACCGGUCCCGAUGGGAGAGUAGCAACAAGGCCCUGCUUGAGAUGGCUGAGGAGAAAACACUUCGGGACAAAGAGCUGGAGGGCCUGCAGGUGAAAAUCCAGCGGCUUGAGAAGCUAUGCCGGGCACUGCAGACAGAGCGGAAUGACCUGAACAAAAGGGUACAGGACCUGAGUGCUGGUGGCCACGGCCUCCUCACUGACAGUGGCCCUGAGCAGAGGCCAGAGGCAGCCCCUGUCUCCAAAGAGCAGGUUGGCGAGGGGCCUGGGGUUCAAUCACCCAACUCCCCAAGGGCCACAGAAGUUCCUGGCUGCUCAGGAACACCAUCCACAGAAGAAUCAGUCCAUACAGGGCCCCAGGAGCCCACCUCUGCCACCGCCUAGAGAGCCUGGUGCUUGGGGUGUGCUGGGAAGGGAGCAGCAGCUCAGCCAGGCCUGGUCCAUACAAGGCUCCCAUGCUAAGCAGCCCAGUGCUGAGGCCAGGGUGUUCUGACCUGGCUGGCAUCUGAUACUUGGCAAUUUUGGAUUUUGUGGGUCAGUUUUACAUAUAUAUGACAUAUGUGUACAUUGGGCUUGCAUUGAGGGUGGGGUGUACGGAUGAAGUCAGUGGCUUUCCAGAGCCCUGGAAAUCCACAAAAUGGCUGCAGACAGGUGUUUACCACCACUACCCAGUACAUAGUACUGUGUAGCAAGUUUGUAUGAUGAAAGUUCUUGUUGUACACCUGCCAGGUUCAUUGUGAGCUAGUGAAUCUCAUAGAGGCAUUGUCAUCUGUAGCUGCCAUCACAGAAUGCUGGCAAGACAAGUGACAUGAAUGAUUCCCUGCCUAAUUUGAGGCUCAUACCCCUCCCAGCCCUUCAGAGCUCAUGACAGGUGAUAACACCUGGGCCAGUCUGCAUUCUUUGUGAGCAAGGCUUGGGCGGCUUGGGUUCUCCUAGCUCCCCUGGAGGCUCCAUUGCUUUUUGUAGCCCGGGAAUGGUGCCCAUGCUCAAGAGUCUUGGCAGGGCACUUGGAGUUCGUGGUUGAGCUGCUUUCCUGCCUAGGACGAGGCACCUGGAAAAUGUUUCUCUGUGGGAUGAUGUGCUGUUUGGGAGCCCCUUGGGCACUGCUUCCCCUGCCCUCUGAUAGUGCCAGGACCAGGCCAAUGUUGCUUCUCAGUAGCCUUAUCAUUCACAGGUGCCUCUCUAGCCUGCACAGAUGAUUGACAAGAGAUCACCCAAAGGAUUCUUUCUGAAGGUUUUUUGUUUUGCAUGUUGAUACUUCAUACUGAGGAUCUUCUGAGGAAGGAAAAGGGAGGGUGCUGUAGCAGUGGUACUGGGUGCCUGGCCUCCAUUGUUCCACCCUUCACCAUCCUACCUGGCUCCCUUGCCAUGUUGGUGCUGAGGUUUCCUGUUUGGUAAGAUCAGAUUAUUUAAGAGAAAUGAAAGAGCUUCUUAUGGCUUUGCCACAAGCUUGCCUAUGGGUUUCAAUCUUAGGAGGCUACCACUGGUUCCUACCACCACUGUCUCCAUGCAGCAGCAGCUGGGCCAAAGGGCCAGCUGCCCUCUUGGCUUUACGGGUCUGUUUCUGCUCUCCUGACACCCCAACUGUGCAAUCCUUGAGGUUUCCCUGACACCUCCUUGCCCAAGAAAUGAGUCCUUGGGAUUCCACCUCUUCUGUGUGGGAGCCCCCAGUUGUUGUCUGAUAGGUAAAGAAUGAGAUUCAACAAUAGACUGAGCCCUGGAAAUCCAUAAAAUGGAUGGAGAUGGGUGUUUACCACCACUACCCAGUAUAUAGUACUGUGCAGCAAGUUUGUAUGAUGAAAGUUCUUGUUGUACACCUGCCAGGGUAUUUACCACUCUUUGUAUAGAGCAGUUUCUUGGGGCAACAGAAUGAGUCUUGGAAGCAGGGCUCUGCUGGGUCUCUAGUGAGCUAAGAGCCUCAGACUAAGAUAGGAUGGGUAGGGUUUUGUUUCUUGAUGUACUUCUUUGAACUAGUUUAUUAUUCCACAGGUCCCUUCAUCUUCCCCUAGUCCUUAACUUAAAUUCUCCCAGAUAAAUAGGUUCAUGAAGAGUGUUAUAUAGUCCUGAAUCAUGUUGAGACUUAAGAGAUGGCAAAUGAAUCCCACCCCUCUUUCCCUUGGGUAUCACUGAUCCACUUCACAGUGUGUUCUGCUAACCCAUAGUAUAUUCUUAAUUCACUGAAUAUGCCCCAGCAACAAUGUAAGUAAGUCUUUGCCAUCCUUGGCUGAGAUCUGCUCUCCUGUGGAGAAGUGUUUUCCCAAGAUCUUUUCCUUCCCUUCUUUGAAGUCCCUGUGUUUGGUAUGUUCCAUGCCUCUGCUGGCCCCAAUAAGGCCUCCCUUCCCCGGCCCCUGUGCCAGGCUGAGGUGUAGAACUGCCAACUCCACAGAGGGUGUGCUAGAUUACAGAGGUGCCGAGAGGAGUCAGAGCUGCCUUCCCCCUUGGAGAAAGUGGAAAGGCCUACAAUGGCCUACAUAAUUGCCUGCCUCACUUCAGCUACCUCUUAAAGCCCAUGGCGGGUUAGGUCUGUUGGAUCCCAGUGUGAUGGGAUGGGAGGCUACAGUGUGAAGGUGGCCCCAGCUGGACUCCUCCAGGUCAGGACCAGGUGGAACCUUGGCUCUCAGCUCCACACAUUUCUAGGCACCCAGAUCAAUCUGUAGAUGGGGAUUUCUUUUUCUUCCUCUCCAUUGACCAAAUCUUACCAAUCACUACAGCUGCUCUGCUCACUCUGCUUUCCAAAGUCAGCCUGGGUGCCACUCUAACUGGCCAGGAGUCUGGGCCAGAUGUGGGGGAGGUGGCCUGUCCAUGAGUGAGGGCCAGUGCCUUCCUCACCCAGGUGAGUCCCAUGCACAUAACCUCAGUUUUAGGACCAAGAGCUGUGUUGGUUUCUUAGAUUGUUAGUUUUCCCUCCAGGGGACCACAGUAGGUGAGGCUUAGAGCCUAGCAGUUGGCUGUGCGAACAUGUGUAACUCAUGUUCAAGACCUUGUCCAGCUGAGAGCUUCGUGCACACCAGAUUUUGAGAGGUGUCAGCAGCACUUUUUGUUUGUUUGUUUGUUUUCCAUGAGAUUUUUGGACCACGGGCUGAGCUCAGGCACUUUGUGUACGAAUGUUAUUUCUGUAAAGACGGUUAUUUAAGCCUCCUCCAUUCCCACCAUGUUGGCCCUACCAAGGACUGACUGAGAGGCCAGUGGAGCUGCCCUGUGCCGGGAGGCUGAAGCCUGCUGAACUGGUACUCCAGCCCUCACCUUGCACAGCACAGGGUUGAUCACUUGGGACAGCCAGGCAUUUGCCCGCUCCUCUCACUCUGCCUAGGGAAGGAGCUGCCUGUGUUCCUGUAACUGCUUUCCUUAUGGUCCAUCCUGGCCACCCAGACUUGUCUGAAGUUGUGCUGACAGCUUUUGGGGGAGGAGGGGAGUUAAUCUCCUUUUGGUAUUCACAACAGCCAGGGACUUGAUAUUGAUGUAUUUUAAACCACAUUAAAUAAAGAGUCUGUUGCCUUACUUA